AAGAUGGGAAAUGCCAAAAGCAAUGCCUAUUGGAAUCCCCUUUCCAGAUUUCUUCCUGAGGAGCAGUCUGACAUUGAUGGAGUGUUUGAUACCUUGUCAGGAUCGAGUGGCUCAGCUGGAGCAAAACAUGGCAAAGCUACAAAGAAAAGACUGGCAGCACUACAGACAUAUAUGCAAGAGCCAUUACCAGAGAAAAUGACUGUUCGGUUAUACCACAGAAUGAAAAGUAUUGACCUGACUGGGAAAUCAUCUGGGCUGAGUGAACAGAUUGCUAAGGAGCAGUUUGUAAUUUUUAUGUCAAACCUCUUAAAAGGGAAUGCAGAUGAGAAGAGUACCAUAAUAAUGAGAAUCAUCUCCAAAACAGAAGGGCCUGUGAAGUGCAAACAAAUCCAAGAGUUCACAGAGGAUCUGAUCAUGUCUGUAGUCCAUGUACUGAGCUACAGGAAGGAACUCAAAGGUUGGAAUUUGGAGAAUACUAGGGAUUCUGCAAGUGGAGUAAAGGCUCUGGCUUCUCAGCUGCUAUCAGAUUUGAAGCUUGCAGAUGGAACAAAACCUGUGGGUCCUCAGCUGAUGGAGACAAAUUUUGAUCAAAGUGUCAUUGAGGAUUGGGUGUACCGAGUUCCACAGAUCUCAAUUUUCCUCAGUGUUGUUAUCAGGCAAGGCCUUCAUGUUCUGCAUUCUGUCCCAGACCAAACCAAAGACAUACUCAACCUGGUUCCAGCCUGCAAAGGCAUCAGAACAGGACUUAUGCAGAGGGACAAGCUGUGUGCCAAAGGGCGAGGGAGGAGAGGCGAGCAGAGCAUUGUACAAAGGUGCCAAGCAAGAAGUGAAGCGGGGAUAUGGGCACCGGAGGUGACUCGGGCAAG